UCUUUCCCUCCCUUUCCGCUUACCGACGUAAACGUGCCUAAGGUGCUCGGUUCUUCACCCGAAGCUAAGGCCCGCAAUCCGGCGACUAGCACCGUCAAUAUUAGGCAUCCAACGCGACAAAUAUAAAAUCCUACAUCUACAAUGGCCUCCGUGUCCGAGCUCGCCUGCAUUUACUCUGCUCUGAUCCUCCACGACGAUGAAGUACCCGUCACCGAGGACAAGCUGAAUGCCCUGAUCAAGGCUGCAGGAGUCACAGUGGAGCCUUUCUGGCCAAGUCUGUUUGCCAAGGCUCUUACCAGCGUUGACAUCGGCAGCCUGAUCUGCAACGUUGGAGCCGGAGGUGGAGCCCCAGCUGGUGCUGCUCCAGCUGCUGCUGGAACCGCCGCCCCUGGUGAAGCCCCAGCCAAGGAGGAGGAGAAGAAAGAAGAGAAGAAGGAUGAGUCUGAGGAAUCUGACGAUGACAUGGGAUUCGGUCUCUUUGAUUAAAUCAGCUGUUUUUGUAAAAACACAAUAAAACAACAAAAACACAGCUA